AGAGUCUGCAUAUUCAAAGUCUCACACACACACACAUAGGAACUCACAGUCACACACACCCCUUGCGGUGUUUUCCGGGAUCACGCCACUGGAGCUUCCACUGUGGAUCCACACAGCAGCAGCAGCAGCAGCAGCAGCGAUAUGGCUGCUCAUCACCGGACGGGACGGUGCUGUUUAUAAGCAAAAGUAAACGACAAAAUAACGCGUUAAUACGGGGUCAAAAGAUGCAUUUACUCAGGCGACGGGGGCACUGCGAAACACGGUGAAAAAAAACAGGGAUAAGAUUUUACCUGACUGGCUAAUAAGGCAAAUCUGGUGUGUUUUUUACAGCAAAGUAGUAGUUGGAGGAACUUGUCGCAGUGGAUUCAUCCCAGCGUGCUGCUGCCUGGAUUAACACACACACAAGUGGAACAAUAGUCUCCUGCAGCAGGAACACUAGCAGGCCUGUGGGCCCCGGUGGUGCGCUUGAGAAGAUGGACAGGAUGAAGAUAAUCAAGCGGAGGCUGUCCAUGUCUCUACGCAGCGCUCGGCCCGUCGACGACUCCCUGUCAGAACUGGCAGAACAGAUGGCCUUGGAUGAGCCAUCCGCAGCCAGGGACAACGGUGAGACACGUGAACACUCAGACACAGAGCCCAUGGUGGUGUGCGCCGUGCACCCUCCCGCCUCACACAGCGCUCCCUCCUUCCUGCGUCAAUAUGCCGGUCAUCUGGGCCGCACCGCCCUGCGCAGAGAGCCGGGUGGGGGGCUGGAGAGAGACAGAGCCUUCCUGAGCCUGCACAGGACUGGAUCUCUGGGUAUCGUCCAUGAGAACGUGAAGAUGGGUUCAGAUGGGGAGAGUGACCAGGCAUCUGGGACGUCUUCUGAUGAGGUCCAGAGUCCAGUCAGGGUCCGGAUGAGGAACAACCACCAUCGGCGCAUCUCUAAUGAGGACAUAAACAAGCGUUUGUCCCUCCCGGCUGAUAUCAGGCUACCGGAGGGCUACUUGGAGAAGUUUGCCAUGAACAGCCCGCCCUUUGACAAACCCAUGAGCCGCAGGCUACGGCGCGCUUCAUUGUCUGAAAUCGGCUUUGGGAAACUUGAGACCUACAUCAAACUGGACAAACUGGGCGAGGGGACCUAUGCCACAGUGUUUAAGGGGCGAAGCAAGUUAACAGACAACUUGGUAGCACUGAAAGAGAUCCGACUGGAGCACGAGGAAGGAGCGCCUUGCACAGCCAUCCGGGAAGUGUCUCUGCUGAAAGACUUGAAGCACGCCAAUAUUGUCACUCUCCAUGACAUUAUCCACACUGACAAGUGCCUGACACUGGUGUUUGAGUACCUGGAAAAAGAUCUGAAGCAGUACAUGGAUGACUGUGGGAGCAUCAUGAGUGUUCACAAUGUCAAGAUAUUCCUAUUCCAGCUGUUGCGAGGUCUGGCCUACUGCCACAGGAGAAAGGUCCUCCAUAGAGACCUCAAACCCCAGAACCUUCUCAUCAAUGAAAAAGGAGAGCUCAAACUGGCGGACUUUGGUUUGGCCCGAGCCAAGUCAGUUCCUACAAAGACCUACUCCAAUGAAGUCGUGACAUUAUGGUACAGGCCACCAGAUGUGCUUCUAGGCUCCACUGAGUACUCUACACCCAUUGAUAUGUGGGGUGUGGGCUGCAUCUUUUAUGAAAUGAUCACUGGCAGACCUCUCUUCCCUGGAUCGACAGUGGAGGACGAGCUUCACCUCAUAUUCCGCAUCCUCGGUACUCCUACAGAAGAGACUUGGCCUGGUAUCACCACCAGUGAAGAGUUUAAGACGUACAACUUCCCCCGAUACCACGCGGAGCCCCUCGUCAACCACGCGCCCAGGAUAGACAACGAUGGUCACGACUUGCUCUCUUUGCUUCUACAGUUUGAGGCUAAGAAGCGAGUAUCAGCUGAGGAUGCUAUCAGGCACUCGUAUUUCAAAUGUUUUGGGGAGCAGGUUCAAACACUGGCUGACACUGCAUCCAUGUUCUCUGUAAAAGGCAUUCAACUCCAGAAAGAUCCAGGGAAGAGAUCCUCAGUCUACCCAGAGUCAACGAUGGCCCAUAAGCUAGGCUCCGCACCCUCGCAGUACUUCCAGAGAGAUGCAGCCAAUCCCAGGGCUCAGAGUCACAAUCUCUCCUCCACUUCCACUGGCUGAGUGGCCCCUACCGUUCUGCCCAGGGGAAGAGCAGGAGGCAGAGUGUGUUGUUUUAGUGCUGGCGGGGACGCUGAGGUGAGGAGGACAGGUGGACACGUGGAGCCGUCCUGUCAGACAUACAUUCACUGACCCUGCCACACACACUGAAGGAGCGACACACACCCUGCCACAUAAAAACACACACACACACCGAAGAAGAAAACACACACAGCAACAUGGAAACAAAACCACACAGAAUUUAGGUUGAAGAAUUUCGUCAAUUAAAAAUAAAGACUCAACUCUAAAGACA